AUGAACGGGCCCCCAUCACUUUAUAGGAGGACGGGCGAGAUGUUGCCGAAGGCAACCAUGCUACUGCGGGUACAUUCAGACUCGAUCCCAGAAUGCCUAAUCCGUGAACAUCACAAUAUUGGUCAUCGAGCGGCGGCCCGCUUGCAGUUGCACCGCGGCAGAUACAACGCCAAGGGUAGUUCUUACGUCGCCGGUCUCGAGUCCCGGGUCAUUGGGUACUGA